AUGAAGCCGAUACACGCUCGCUCAUCGACGAUAUUGAACGCGAAAAAGUCGCUUUCUGCGUUCAUGCCUCGAAAGUCCGUCCCGUGGGAUCCAAUUCGCCAAGAAGGGAAUCCGACACGAUCCGAUUCUGUGAACAUGCUCAUCAAGCAAAUCAAGAAGGCAGAAGUCCGAAAAGAAGGAGUUGCGUCAUCUGCCCGACGCCCGCUCGAAUAUAUGGAGUUCCUAUCCCUUCUUUCUACUAUUCGUGAAAGCAACGAGAAGACGGAGACGAUGCGGAUGGUGUGUAGUGUGUUCACUUUGCAAUGGCAUCUUAUUACUCGGAUCGACGACAUAUGA